AUGGAUGGAAGGAUGAGGAACUCCAGAGACGGGGGAUGGGGAUGGAUGAUUGUUGCUUCUUCUUUCGUCACCCUGAUCUUCACUCGCUCUGUUGCCAGGUGUCUGUCGAUCUUCUUUGUGGAGUUUCAGAUGCAGUUCUCCACAGAUUACUCCACAACGUCAUGGAUUCACUCCCUGCUGGACUUUACCACUAUGCUCUUUGCUCCUUUGGGUAGUUGUGUAGGAAACUGCAUGUCCACUAGAAUAGCAGUGAUGACUGGAGGACUUUUAUCUUCUGUUGGACUCGUCCUCAGUUCCUUUGCCCCCAGUCUGCAGUUCCUGUAUAUGUCUCUGGGAAUUCUCACAGGUUUGGGAUUUGCCCUCAGUUACACACCAGCGGUAGCGAUGGUGGACACCUAUUUCAAUAAGAGGAAGGCUUUGGCAUAUGGAAUUGCCAUGUCUGGAAGAGGCAUUGGAAUCUUUAUCCUUCCUCCUCUGCUUCAGUACUUGAUCAACCUGUACUCCUGGAGGGGGGCUCUUCUUAUCCUAGGGGGUCUUGUUUCAAACUUGUGUGUCUGUGGGUCUCUUAUGAGGCCCCUAGUGGUCCAAAAUAAAGGUGAAAAAGAGAAUGCCAAACCAAUCUUUGAUGAACUUGAUGUUCAGGGGGAUUUAAAAGCAGUCAAGUUGGUUGGUAUGGGUCCUGGUUUUCUGAUCAAGCAAUCAAGAAAAAGGAGAGAACUGGAACGCUGUUUCUUCCCACCCUCCUCAGACAAAUACAGCUUCCUGCUCAAGCCUGACUUCCUGUUGUUCUCAGUAUCUGUCCUGUUCCUGGCGUUUGGCUACAGUUUGCCGUUCGUGUACCUGGUGCCAUAUUCUCUCAGCAUGGACAUCAGUCAACAUCAGGCUGUCCUCUUCAUGUCAAUCCUAGGAGUUAUGGGAAUUGUGGGUAAUAUUACUUUUGGAUUGAUCUCAGACAAGAAGUGUUUGAGGACAUUUCGUGUAAUCACGUUUCUGAUCACAGUGGGAUUCGAGGGACUCGCAUGCCUCUUCGUGCCCUUAUUAAGGAGUUUUUCCACACUUGUAUCCUUCUCCAUUUUCUUUGGCUUCUUUGAUGGGGUCUGUACGGCUCUCACUCCUGUGGUGACCUGUGACAUCGUAGGCUCCGCCCACCUGUCCUCAGCUCUGGGUGUGAUUGGCUUUUUGCAUGCCAUUCCGUACCUCAUCAGCCCACCAAUAGCAGGUUGGCUGUUGGAUCAGUCAGGCUCUUACACGGUGGUCUUCCUCUUCAGUGGACUCUCACUCCUGUGUAGUUCUUUCAUCUUGGCUGCUCUGUCAGUACUGCGUCACUGCUGUAGGGAGCAUGCUGUCUCACUUCAAAACCAUCACCAAGCCUGA